AUGAGCACCGUGCCAGUUCCGGCAAAAUCAAAAAAAGAGAAGACGCGAGAUUUGAAGGUGCGAUUGCAUGAUGCAAGCGCUCGAGAACAGUUAAUGAUGAUCGGGUCCAAACUGUCAAAUGCUCAUUUUCCCGAGUUUCCCGAAAUGGUGCACUUGUUUCCAGAUGUGGAUGUGGAUCUGAAGUCUUGCCGUGGUGGUUUGGUGAAAUUCCUCUUCAGCAAGCCCCUGCACUGGUUUUUGAUUGUCUUGUUGUGUCUCGACGUCCUGCUGGUCAUCACAGGUCUGCAGUUGAAGAUCGAGGUGGCUUCAUUGGAAGGAAAUGCGAUCGCAUCAUGUCUUGGACUGGCUAUCCCGUCGGGCAACGUGUCGGGCAACGUCGAAGUCCAGCACACCUUUCUGACUGUCGAUGAAGCGAAAGAAUGCAUCGAGGAAAAUCCAGAACAUAAAACCGCCGUUGUGCUUGAAGGGAUUGAUCACAUCUUCACCAUCGCUAGCAUUUCCAUCCUCGUCAUCUUUCUGGUGGAGAAUAUCAUGUUUAUGUUCGCUUUUCAUCUCAGUUACUUCAAAAUCAUCUACUUUCCGUUUGAUCUCUUCGUGGUUUUGGUGUCUAUGGCCACUGAAAUCUUGGAUAUAGUCCAUCACGACAAAGAUGACACAGACGUAAACACCACCGCAUCCUUGGGGACAGCCUCGAGUCUUUACCGCGGCGGUUCACCGGUGGCAGCUUUGCUCAUCAUCGGCCGUUUCUGGCGUUUCGCACGGAUCGGACACGCCGUGUAUCUUCUGCAGGCAGCCGAGGAGAAAGAAGAAGAACUGGAAGAGCUGCACGACGAGUUGCGCGCAAGACAGGAACUGGCCGAGAAGAAGGCAACGUUUGAGCACGAUGAGAAACUGGCAGAAUUUGAGGCUUCGAUGAGUGGCGAAGGCAAAGCUAUAGUUACCAUCAAGUUGGAGUACACAUCAGCGAAACGCCUUAGGUCUGAAACUUAUGGCGGUCUCACAUCAGCGCGUUGUAGCGGGAUUUACCAGGAUUUCGCAGGAUUUGGCAGGAUGCAGUCGGUGGCGCUGUCCCAACUCCACUUGAACCCGGUGCGCCGAGAGGACCAGAACGACAUCACCAACAUCCUGGCUGAGGCAGUGGGUGUCAAUCGCCACGGUGCUUUGACCUUCCAGAGCUUUCAGGCUUUGUGCAUGCGAGUCCAAGAUCGACUCAGCCUGCUACGUUACGAGGCGGGUUUCGAAUGUGGCGUCGUGGUGGGUCUUUCAGAGAUCCAAGUGAUGAACUUGUGGGAGGCUUUCCACGCCUUAGAGCCACCGCAGGCAGAGCAGAAUCCAUGGGGUGAUCUGGUUGGCAUUGGUCGAACGCGGCCUUGGCCUGGAGGCCUUACGUGGGCAUCUCUUUGCAAUAGCUACCACUCCUCAUCCGAGUGCUUUCAGCUACCUGAGGCGGCCUUGGCCUGGAGGCCUUACCCUGAGGCGGCCUUGGCCUGGAGGCCUUACGUGGGCAUCUCUUUGCAAUAUCUACCGGAACAGAGCGGUGGCGUGCAAUUUUUCUGGAGCAAGCAUCCCGGUGGCGUGUGUCCACUGAAUUUGCUGAUCGAACAAGCGGUUGUCGUAGCUGGAAAGAAAAACGGUUCUUUGCGGCUGGGCGUUCGUGUGACAGCAAACGAAGCAGAUACCAAGGCUGGCCUAUUGACAUCGUUUUCCGUUGGAGGUGAGACAUUCAUCCUGGUGGAGGGCAGUUUGGACAGAUUGCGUCCAGCAUGCACUCAGGCACAUCGUUCGCUAGAAGUGGACCAUGCGCUGGUUUUGAGCAGUGCCUUGGAAACCUUGAAGGACGACAACAUUCAAUAUGCCACAGCAUCAGAGGACCUCUCCGAUGCAGGAGGGACAAUGUUUCCGAAGCCUCCGGCUCAUCGACAAAAGCUGGUGUCUUCCGAUUCGGAAGAAGAAGAAUCGGAAGAGAGCGAUGCAGAUCAUGUGCUCAAGAUGCUCAAGCGUGCGUCAAAGUCAGAAACAGGAAUGGUUACUGGCAAAGACAAGUCAAAAAAGGGUUUGUCAAAAACAAAGAGCCGAUACCCGCUGCUUGCGAGAACGGGGGAGAAGGCGAAGAAUCUCUCUGCAAGCGACCCGUUGGCUUGGAUGAUGCAAAGUGCCAGUUCAGCAGAGCCCGUGGUGGAUCCAAUGCAGAUGAAUGCUUUGAUUCAGAUGGAACUGCUAAAAGAACUGAGAGGGCGCAAAGCAAAGUCGAAAACUAUGCUGGAAGAUCGUUCCGAAGACAGCGACAGCAGCCUCGAGACUUCAUCUGGAGGAGACGAGAAGUUGAAAGGAGCUGGGAAGGCGCUGAGAGCCUACAGAAAGAACAAGAGACGCAUGCGCAGGCAGCCCGAAAAGCACAUCCGAAGAUACAUCAAGGAGGUGGAAGAGGUCUUGGGUGUAGGCGCCGAGGGGGCAUACACGCUCACGGACUACACCAGGCGGCUGUCCUGGGGAAAGAAUCAUACACUACAUCGCCUGCACUUUGCCCUGAGCGAUGUUCUCCAGACAGUGCUGAAAGGAAAGCUGAGUUUGGUGGGAUUGCAGAUCACUCAACUGUUGCGGGCCAUCCAUCAGGCCAGUUUGGACGGUGGAAGUUGGCGGACAGCAUGGUUGCUGUUAGAUCUGCCCGACCCUCUGGACAAACCCCGUUUCGGGGGAGAAGCGCAGCAGCUCGAAGUGGUCGCAAGCUACGUGAAGGCCAUGAGCGAUUUGGAAAAGAAGAGCAAGACCUUCAAUCGCUUCGAGGACGACACCGGCAGCAAUAUGAGUCAAAAAUGA